AUCGUACUCUUUGGGGAGGCAGGUGCGGGCAAAAGCUCACUCGUCAACCUCAUGGCAGGGAAGGACAUAGCAGUCACAUCUCUUAGCAUGCAACGAUGUACGUUGCACUGGCAGGAGUAUGCCAUCGAGUUCGAUGGGGAGUCCUAUAAGGUCUUCGAUACCAUUGGACUCGAGGAAUCGGGACUUGAAAUGAACGAGCACCUCGCGGCAGUCGCAAACGCAUAUACAUUCAUCAAGAGGUUGGAUGCAGAAGGCGGCGUCGACCUCCUUCUGUCCUGCGUUCGCGCCGGCAGAUUCACUGCUGCGCUUCAUAGCAACUACCGGUUCUUUCAUGAUUUCCUCUGCCAGAAGAAGGUUCCAAUUGUUCUUGCGAUCACGAACCUCGAAAGAGAGCAGAGGAUGGAGGACUGGUGGGAUCGAGAACACGCCAUCUUCCCUCGAUAUCAAAUCUACGUCACUGGUCACGCGUGCAUCACUGCCGCUAAUGGAUUGGACGGCAGGCACCGGCAACUUUAUGAUGAUUCGCGCAUCACGAUCCGCAAACUUAUCAGGGACAAUAUUGCUGGCGAGCACCGUCAAGUAUGGGCAGGAGGGAACAAUCUGUUCGUGUCGUUGGUGCGUGGGCUGAAGAACCUGGUUGUAAAAAAUCAGCGUAUCAGAAGGAUGAAUCUUACUAGUCAACUCACGAAGAGUUGCGGUAUGUCUCGAGAAACAGCAGUACGGUUGGCUGAUAUGAUCGAGCAAGGGGAGGUCAACGUAACUACUUGA